AUGUUAUUUACAAUUGACUGCAUAAAUAUAAAAAAAAGUAAAAAGGUUUUGUUGACAAACGAAGCAGAAUUCCCAAUUUUGGUUAGGAUCAUAGAAAACAAUUCUUAUACUGUUAUUCCAUCCUUUUCAUUAUUGAAAUCAAAAGAAAGAAAAAAUUUUUAGAUACUCCAUCGAUUAAAUACUAAACCUGACAGCCUUAUAAAGAUUGAAGCCAUAGAAUUUGAUGAAACCAAACUUGACACGUUCUCUGUUCCACCGUUCUGGAACGAAAGAGUAAAAGGUUCCCUGAAGACACUAUCUUAAUCAUUGCAUCUUUCCGAGUCGAGCUCUUUUGUUUCUUAUGAUAGGCCUCCAGCAAUGAAUCAAACAUUUCAGGAUCAAAAUCAAGUCUAAAAUAAUACUAAUGUAUGCUAAAAUAAAUUUCAUACUAAGUGGCUUAAAUAAAACAGCAGCAUUCAUGAUAACUAAAGCGAUUAAUUUAACUCAAAGUAACACAUAAACUCGUAAUAAUCAAUACAAGUAAUAGGAUCAACCAAAAUAGCAGAAGAAAACAAAUUUCAUCAAUCAUAUUAAUAAGAAAGGAAACAUUCCAUAAGUAGUUUCGAAUCAUAUGGAUACAUAUCAACAACACAAACCUAAUAGUAAAUCCUCAAAAUGCCGAAAGAUUUGAAUAAUUUUUUGGAUCAAAUUGACUCUUCGAAUAGUCCGUUUCAAAUUUAAACUCCCUCUCAAUAGCAGUCUUAAACACAUUCAUAUAUAAACAUUCCCGAUAACGCUUAGUAGGAUGUGAGUAUCAGUGAAACUACUUCCAUUUAGAGAUUCGGGUAUAGAAAAUUAUCAUUCCUUUAACAAAGCAGAUUAUAAUUCAAUGAGAAACCUAAGUUGAGAGUUUCGUAAAGUUUUAUCAAUCAUCCAAGAUUUACAAUCUAAAAUUAAUAAAUUUUAAGUAAAUUCAAGGAACUUGAGAAUUAGUUAUAAAAAUAAAUUACCGGAUUGCAAAUAAACAAAGGAGUAUUGCAAUAAGAACUGAAAAAAUUGGAAUUCAAAGUUAUGUUCAAUAAUAAAAAUGGCAAUUCUUACGACCAAUAACAUUACUUUAUUUGGCAUAUACUUAUAGCUAGUGUUCUAUGUCUUAUAUUAGGAAGCUUUCUAAAAAAAAUAAUCCCUUAAUUUUGA